AUGGCCAGUGCGAGGAUUGUUUGGUCCAAAGUGGCCCCAGCUUCUCAUCCUCUCCGACCGCACGGGGGUUCCACCCCACCGCAGCGGAUCCGCAGCGUUUCGCCAACCUACGCCAUGAUGGAGGCGACGCGGUGCCAGGGGCGUGUGACGAUUUCAGGGGACGUCUACCAGAUCGACGGCAAGGAGGUGGUGUUGAUGGGUGGCAACUAUGUGGUGAAGGCGCAACCCUACUAUCCGCCACUGGAGGUGGUCCGCAGCAACGCCCAAAGUAUGUUCCAAGGCGCCCAGAACAUGGCCUACGUGCCGCCGCCCGCCUCCAACGGCGCGGCCCGCCCGGUGGUGCCAUGCGUGCGGCUGGGGGCCAUGAUGGAAGCGGCGCUGAAGGAGAAGGGAACCACGGUGGAUGAAAGUUUCAAGACCACCUUGGAAGGAGUGGUGAAGACUUUUCAGGAAGAAGGAGUCUAUGUCUUUCUGGAUAUGCACCAAGAUGCAUGCGCAACUACCAACGGAGGAGAAGGUUAUCCCUGGUGGGCGACGGCGGAUUUUCAACAACGAGCAGGGUGCAAAUUGGAGCAAUGCUGCU